AUGACCCAUAGCAACAUAUUAGCUAUUAAACAUUCAUGUUUCAAUCAUGAAAAUAAUCAUGAAAAUUAUAUAUGUGUUAUGAAUAAAACUCCUGAAAAGUGUUUAAAAUGUAAUGGAACCUUAGAAAAUGAAAUGAUUGCUCAAUUGUUGCCACCCUAUUCAAAUGCACAUCAAUCAAUAUUGUUUACAUCAUAUCCAUUAUCUAGGAUUGCAUUUAUUUCAUCAGAUAGUAACAGUAAUACUAGUACUAGUAGUAGUAGUAGUAUUGUACAUUAUCAACCAAAUACAAAUUUACAUUGUGGUGUAGUUGAUUCACAAGGUAAAGUCUAUCAUUAUACCAAUCAAUAUGGUAUACAAUAUGAUACAAUUGGUUGGGAACAAUCUAUCAUUAUCAAUGUAUCCGAAGUUACUAAAUCUGAUAGUUUAACAUCAUUCAAAUGGAAUGAAAUCAUUUAUAGUGUUGUGAAUGAUUUCAAACAAUCUCAUCCUAAUAGAAUGAUACAACAUAAUGAUUAUGAUUGUUUAGAUUUUGUUGUGGAUAUAAUCAAAUAUGCUAUUGAUGAUCAACAAAUCAAUCGUAUCUUAAUAGCACAAUGGUUAUCCAUACACCUUGAAUGGAUUAUAUUAUAUGAGAAUAUAAGAAAACAAUUAGAAUCUGGUUCAUUACAAGUGAUUAGUAAACUUCAUCAUAUUGUGUGA